AUGACAGACAACGUGAGCUCCAGAAUCGACACCCCGACCAACAUCUCUCUGACUCCCACCGUCAGCGUCUCUGACUCAUUGGAGUAUAAGACGGUGUCGGUCUUCCUGGUCCUGCUGGUGUGCAGCGUGGGCAUCAUGGGCAACAUCAUGGUGGUCCUCGUGGUCCUCACCACGCGCCACAUGAGGACGCCCACCAACUGUUACCUAGUCAGCCUGGCCAUAGCCGACCUGACGGUGCUGGUGGCGGCGGGGCUGCCCAACGUGUCGGAGAGCCUGACAGGCACGUGGAUUUUCGGCCACGUUGGCUGUCUGGGGAUCAUCUACCUUCAGUACCUGGGCAUCAACGUGUCCUCCUGCUCCAUCACAGCCUUCACUGUGGAGAGGUACAUAGCUAUCUGCCAUCCAAUAAAGGCUCAGACGGUGUGCACAGUGUCCCGGGCCAAGCGGAUCAUUGCCGGGGUUUGGAUUUUCACCUGUGUCUACUGCAUGCUCUGGUUUUUCCUGGUGGACAUUAAGGUCCAACCGGACGGACACGUGCAGUGCGACUACAAAGUGGAACGGGAGCUGUACCUGCCUAUCUACCUCAUCGACUUUGCCAUUUUCUACGUCAUCCCGCUGCUCCUCGCCAUCGUGCUGUAUGGCCUGAUAGCGCGGAUCCUCUACCUCAGCCCUCUGCCCAACCAACCUGACACCAGUGCCACCACGCUGCGUCGUAGCUGCCGGGAAGCUUCUGAAGCGGGGAAGGGGGGUCGUCAGGGCCGGCCAAAGAGCGCACUCUCCUCCAGGAAACAGGUGACAAAGAUGCUGGCAGUUGUGGUGAUCCUAUUUGCUCUGCUGUGGAUGCCCUACCGGACUUUAGUUUUGAUCAACUCUUUUGUGUCGACACCCUAUCUGAAUGCCUGGUUCAUCCUAUUUUGUCGGACAUGCAUGUAUGCCAACAGUGCUAUAAACCCCGUGAUAUACAACGCCAUGUCUCAGAAGUUUCGCUCAGCAUUCCGUGGGCUUUACCGUUGCCAGCGGCCAGAGGGAAAUCAGAGGACCCUGUCAAUGAUCCAGGCUGGCUUCAGCACUGUCCGAGACCCCCGAAACUCCCAGGCCAAUAGCAAUGGAACCAAUGAAAAAGCAAGGAGAGCCAUCCUGAGCACUACCACCGACAUGACAACAAAGCAGAAUGGAAGUGGUCAUCAGGGGACAGCAGCAGUCAAUGGCACAACAGCAGACCAUCCCAUCGACAUUAGCCCAACUACUUUUAGCCUUGGUGCAAGUCCAACUGGUGAUGAGACGUUGGAUUGGCCUUCAUCAGCUAAAACCACGGUUAAUUUUGCUGACAGACAUACAACAAGCGAUCAGCAGGAAAACAUAUGA